GGAAGUAGGGUAGGGGUGCAGGAGGCUGCGCGCAGGUGUGGAUGCGGGCGGGAUCCCUUUGUCCUCGGCACCCACGGGCGCUCGCCCCGCCUGCACCCCCUUCUUUGUGCCCAAGAGGCGCGCGGACCCGGAGGGGACGUGGCCGGCCGGCUAUGGGCGCUGGCUAGGGGACCCGAUGCCCAUUGUCCUCGGAGGGCGGGGCGCCCCUUGGGGGAGCAGGUAUCUGGAGUCGGGGGAGGCAGCUUCCCGCCCCCUGUAGCCCAGCCCUAUGGGUUCGUCCCCGCAUGUAGCCCCGCCCCCGUGGCCCCGCCCCGCCCCGCCCCGCUAGUCGGCUUGCACCUUCCCGGCUGGCGGGCGCUCUCGGCCCAGGCAGCGACAGUGACUCCCGCGGCUUUGGGGCGCAGCACGCGGGCGAGGACGCGGGCCGGGACCGGCGACCUCGGGGUGUGGGUGAGACAGUGAAAUUGAGAGGACAGAGGAACUAGAGAGGUAGAGAGAGACUCCUGCAGACCUGCUUCACCACCCAUGAAGCUUACCCCCUUGCAGGCUUCUGACUGUCAGAGGGAGCUUAGAGGGUACAGCUGACUCCCCAGAAUUGUGCUUGGUUGGGAGCUCUGGGACUUAGCUUGGAGCCACCUCCCGGAACCACAUGAUGUGACUGCUGGUGGCUGUGGGGGAGCACGGUUGGCCGGAGGCCCCACCAUGCCCGCCAAGACGCCCAUCUACCUGAAGGGCACAGCCACCAGGAAGGGCAGGAAACCGCGGCUGCGGGACAUCCUGUCCCCUGACAUGAUCAGCCCCCCACUUGGCGACUUCCGCCACACUGUCCACAUCGGCAAGGAGGGCCGGCACGACACCUUCGGGGACAUGUCCUUCCUUCAGGGCAACUACGAGCUGCUGCCCGGCUUGCCACCACCACCUGGGCCCUGUGACUUCCUGCGCGCCCACAGCACGUCAGACGCGGGACCGGGGGACACACCGUCGCCAGUGCUCAAGAACGCCAUCUCACUGCCCACCAUCGGCGGCUCACAGGCCCUCAUGUUGCCCCUUCUGUCCCGGGUCACUUUCAGCCCCAAGCAGGAGGCCCCGGGGCUGCCAGCUGCCAGCUGUCGGGGGGAUACGUCCUGGGGCUCCAGCGGCUCAGCCUCACAGUCCAGCCAUGGCCGGGACAGCCACUCAUCCAGCUUGUCUGAGCCCGACCCUGACUGGCCAGCUGAGGACCUAUGUCACCUUUCCAGGGAUCAGGCCAGGUCCCAGGAGUCGCUAUCAGACCUCACAGGCUCCCUGCUGUCCCUGCAGCUGGACCUGGGUCCCUCGCUGCUGGAUGAGGUGCUCAAUGUCAUGGACAAGAACAAGUAGCCGCUGCCAGCUAUGAACCUCUCUGUCUUCAGGGGGGCUAAGUGGGGAGGGCAGGAGAUGCUCCCCAAGACAGCAGUAGCAGCUCACCCCACCCAAGACAGACACUUCUUCUUGGCCAUUUUUUUGGGGGGAGGGAGUGGGUGCAGUUUGUGAUGGGUUUAAAAAAAAAAGUUCCUACAAAAUAUUUUUCUACCUGGUACGGUGUUUGCAAAAACCGUUAAAAAAAAAAAGCAGAAAAAAAAUUGUCUGGGCCAAAAAAGAGGAAGUGAGUCAGCCAGCUCUGCAGGUCCUCAGCUCAGUUUUGACUUGCAGAAAUGAAGCCAUCUGUCCCCACCCCUAACACUCUUCCCCUUCCUGCCCCCCCUCAAAUGAUACCUGCCACACCCUACACACAUAUACCCCAAGGGAGAAUGUGGUGGCAGUUCCCCACCUGGGAUGCUUUCAGGGCUCCAGGGAAAUGUUGCAUUGAACAGCCCAGCUUUUUGUUUUACUUCCUGGACUCUUUUCUACAUACCUGUCAAGUCUCCCCCCACACUGGGGGGAGAUUUCAGGGGUCCCCAUGGCUCUUCUGCAACCCCACACCCCCAUGUGACGUCUCUCUAGCUCUGUGUGUGUGCAUUGUCCGCUCCAUGUUGGCCAAGUGUCCCCACGCAAGCCAAGCGUUCCUGUAACUAAGUUAUUUAAAGUUAAAUGUAUAUUUUAUGUGCCUUUGGCUCUGGAUGGUGGAGUCUGCAUUUCCUGGGUGUGACAGCCACCGCCAAGGCCACCAUAUCCCCAGAAUGACUCCACUGAGGAACAUCCUGCUGCCAGCUGCCGAGGACAUCUCUAGAAACAUGUUCACCCUCCACCUUAUUUUUACUUUCCCUCCAUCUGCUGUCACCCUUCCCAGCAGCCUGCAGUGGAGAGUCGAGUGGGCCAGGCUGUGGGCACCCCCCACCCCUGUGGUGUUCCCCCUGGCAGGGGCACCUAUCACCCUGUGAUCCACACACCACAAUAAAGCGUGAUGUGAAAGCC